AUGGCGAAGAGCCUCGAAGAGAACGGGCCGCGCGCGCCCGCUGCUGAGGGGAGCCUGUCGGGGACCAGGGAGAGCUUGGCCCCGGGCCCCGACGCCGCAGCCACCGACGAGCUUAGCUCUCUGGGCUCCGACUCAGAGACCAACGGCUUCGCUGAGCGCCGCAUCGACAAGUUCGGCUUCAUCGUGGGCUCGCAGGGCGCAGAGGGCGCUGAUCCUAACAGGAGCAGUGGGAACUCAGGAGGGCUGGAGGAAGUCCCCCUGGAGGUGCUGAGGCAGAGGGAGUCCAAGUGGCUGGACAUGCUCAACAACUGGGACAAGUGGAUGGCCAAGAAGCACAAAAAGAUCCGACUGCGGUGUCAGAAGGGCAUCCCACCUUCUCUGCGGGGCCGUGCUUGGCAGUACCUGUCAGGAGGCAAGGUGAAGCUGCAGCAGAACCCUGGAAAGUUCGAUGAGCUGGACAUGUCCCCUGGGGACCCCAAGUGGCUGGAUGUGAUUGAGCGUGACCUGCACCGACAGUUCCCUUUCCACGAGAUGUUUGUGUCCCGGGGGGGCCACGGCCAGCAGGACCUUUUCCGGGUGCUGAAGGCCUACACGCUGCACCGACCCGAGGAGGGCUACUGCCAGGCCCAGGCGCCCAUCGCUGCCGUGCUGCUCAUGCACAUGCCUGCCGAGCAAGCCUUCUGGUGCCUGGUGCAGAUCUGUGAGAAGUACCUGCCUGGCUACUACAGUGAGAAGCUGGAGGCCAUCCAGCUGGACGGGGAGAUCCUCUUCUCGCUGCUGCAGAAGGUGUCUCCUGUGGCCCACAAGCACCUCAGCCAGCAGAAGAUCGACCCGCUGCUCUACAUGACCGAGUGGUUCAUGUGCGCCUUCUCGCGCACCUUGCCCUGGAGCUCCGUGCUGCGCGUCUGGGACAUGUUCUUCUGCGAAGGUACCGGGCUUGCCCGGGGCAGCAGUCCUGCCCCCAGUCCAGCUCACGGGGGCCUCUGUUUGCAGAGAGACUCCCCAGAGCAGCCCCCACUGCCGGCACUCACCGCCCGCUCCCCCACAGGAGUCAAGAUCAUCUUCCGGGUGGGCCUGGUGCUGCUGAAGCACGCGCUGGGCUCCCCGGAGAAGGUCAAAAGCUGCCAAGGCCAGUACGAGACCAUCGAGCGACUGAGGAGCCUCAGCCCCAAGGUCAUGCAGGAGGCCUUCCUGGUGCAGGAGGUGGUGGAGCUGCCAGUGACAGAGCGCCAGAUCGAGCGCGAGCAUCUCAUUCAGCUGCGGCGCUGGCGGGAGACGCGGGGGGAGCUGCAGUGCCCGUCCCCGCCCAGGCUGCACGGCGCCAAGGCCAUCCUGGAGGCAGAGCCGGGCCCGCGACCCAGCCUGCAGCCCUCACCGUCCAUCCGCCUGCCCCCGGACGCCCCCCUCUCUGGCUCCAAAGGCAAGCCCAAGACAUCCAAGCAGGUGCAGAAGGAGCCGCGGAAGCCAGGGAAGGAGAGUGGGCAGCAGGACCGGCCCCCUGCCCCAAGUCAAGCCAAGGCGGCGGCCGCCGCGGGAGAUGCAUCUCCUCCACAGGAUGUGCCCCCAAAGGACCCGGCCCCCCAGGACCCCCGGGGCCCGGCUCCCCAGGACUCAGCCCACCACCGCUCCCAGGAGAGCCUGACAUCCCAGGAGAGUGAGGACACCUACUUGUAACCCUGGCAGCUCAGGCCCCUGGGCUGGGGUCUCCACACACCACACGGUUCACCGACUGACUGACACUCCAGGGCCCGCCCGCCCUCCGAGGGCCCGCUGCCUGGCCCCGGGUGGCAGGGAGUCUGGCUGGCCCAGCACAGAUUCUGCCUGAGUCUCCUUAUUUAUUUUCUCCAGAGCGGAGCUUGGCCGGCCCAGCUGGGGGCAGGCAGAUGUGUGGGCCAACGGGUGGGGCCUCACUCAGCCCCUCCUGGGGGGAUGCUCCCCAGGGCUAGGGCAUGGAUGUGAGGUGGGGCGGGGGGGAGGUUCUUUGUGUAAAAUAGAAACAUGGUUUUGUACAGAAAUAAACAGGCUUGUGUAGAGA